AUGGAAAAGAAGAUUGACAAGUUAUUUGUGGCACAUGAAUUUGUCAUUGGUUUAGAUGCAGAGAAAGUGUUGAUUGAUAUGGCUGGAGUUGUGAGAACAAAAUACAAUAAGUAUUUUGUCAAAUAUCAGGAUUUGAACAUGUUGGUGUUGAUUGCACUUAUUUUGGAUCCAAGGUUCAAGUUGAGGCAUAUCACCCAUCGCUUUAAAAAGGAAAAAUUUGAUGAGGAUGAUGUGCAAAUAAAGACAAGAGAAGUGAAAGGUGUGUUAAUGGCCCUCUAUGAUGAUUUUGUACCAAAGGUAGAUGGUGGAAUUCACAUGAGACAGAAUUCUACCACAUAA